UUGUGCCGGUUUAAAAUAACAACUAAAUAUCUCUCUAAAUCGUCUUUCUAAUUAUGUGAAAUAAUGCAUUUGGCAUGAUGAGGCACCACAGAGACGGGACUCAGUUCGUCACGUAAUGUUCGCUGAUAAGUGUGUCAGGAGCCUCUGGUAGAAUAAGCAGGGUUCUACACGUUCUGUGCUUCACCCUACAGCCCACCUAAUUAUUAUAGUCGAUCAUAGUUCUGUAAGGAGAUCGACCACCAUAAUAUCACAAUGGACAGACGACGCAGGAAGGCAACAGAGGCCCUGAAGGUGGGAGUUAAGGCGGGUAAGGAGGUGAUGGUGGUGGCCGCCCUCGCACUGGGUGGUGACCCCAACAUCAGCGUGUGGGAUGAUGGUGCACAAGAGUCACGCAGUAUGUUGACUUUGGCAGCUAGGUUGGGUCAUUCCCAUCUGGUGCCUCACCUUCUGGCGGCGGGACUCCACGUGGAUGGUUCAGGGGAGUGCCACACACCUCUACACUUGGCGGCACAUUAUGGUCAUGACCAAGUGGUGAAGGAGCUGCUCAGAGACACGCCUCACCUGGAGGCCAGAAUUGAUUUUGGAAAGACCGCUCUACGUGUGGCAGCAGAGGAGGGUCAUCAGCGUUGUGUGAGGACGCUCCUUAGUGCCGGCGCUGACCCUAACGCCCGAGAUCAUGAAGAUCGUACACCACUGCACCUUGCUGCUCUCUGUAACCAUUCAGCUAUUGUGGAAGACUUAGUGACUGAUGACCGCUGUAACCUCCAAGCACUAGAUAUAAAUAACGACACAGCACUACACUACGCAGCAAUAGGGGGAGGUAUGGAGACAGCGCAGUACCUGUUGGAGGUCGGCCUCAACCUUAAUGCCAAAGGCUCUUUGGGGUACACACCUAUAGACCAGGCAAAGAUGGAGGGUCAUCACCUUCUUUUGUGGUGGCUGAUGAAGCAGCCACAAGCCGUUGUUGAGACACCCAGGGGAAAGAUAGAGAAAGACUGCUGGGACUAUCAUGAAGGAGAUUAUUGGUUGAUGUCAAAGUGGAUCAGGGAGGAAGACCUUGACGCAAUUAUAGGAAGUGUCCCCCUUCUGUUGGAUAGUCACCAACAGGACGACGCUGGCAUGACUAUACUGCACCACGCUGCCCAGCUCGGCGUGACCCGCGUGGUGCGUCUCCUCCUGGAGGAGUGUAAGGUAUACCCACACGCCGUGACCUGGGCUGGUGACACUCCUGGUGACCUGGCACAACAGAAGGGUCAUCUCCAAGUACUUAACAUUCUUCACCGUCACCAGCCACAGGUUCCUAAGUCACCAGAAAAGCUGUACAAGCAGCUGCUGAGUGUCAUCAGCCAAGGUGAUGACUUCAGGACAGCCUGUGAUCUGCUGUGUUCAGGGGCGCCCCUGGAGCCUGUGGGUGACUGGUCCGUGCACCCCCUCUCCCUGGCCACCACCAGUAACCGGCCCAGGAUCGUCAGCCUCCUGGUGGCAGCUGGGGCGCCACUUACCAUCACCAGCCACGGCCUCAACUUGCUGACGGAGGCCUGGUGCUCUCCUGACGUUACUCCUCUUGUUCAGGUCACCAUCACAAAGGUGAGUCAGCACCAUACAUCAGUUGGUCACUAUAAGGGAGACACAACUCUUGUGUUCAGGUCACCAUCACAAGGGUGAGUCAGCACCAUACACCAGUUGGUCACUAUAAGGGAGACAUAACUCUUGUGUUCAGGUCACCAUCACAAAGGUGAGUCAGCUUAACAAUAUAAUCAUAAUUAGUGUAAAC